AUGACAGAAGUAUCAUCUGCUACAAAACUGUCUGACAAUAGUGUAGCACUUGAUUAUGUGGAUUUUUGCGGUUUGUAUGUUGAUACAGCAAAUGAGAAAAAGACUUGUGGUUUGGAGAAUCUCUCUUGCUGCAACGAGGACGUUCAAGAAGUUGUGGUGGAAGUGGGGCUUGAUGAGGAAACCCUAUUGAGUUAUCCAAAGUUGUUGUAUUUAGAAGCUAAGGUCAAUCACAAGGAUUCAACAGCGACUUGUUGCUCAAUUUGUUUGGCGGAUUACAAGAACAGUGACAUGUUAAGGCUAUUGCCAGAUUGUGGGCAUUUGUUUCACUUAAAAUUAUGGCUGAGGUUAAAUCCAACUUGUCCUGUUUGUAGAACUUCUCCAUUGCCAACACCUCAAUCCACUCCUCUGGCUGAAGUUGUUCAGGAUUUUUGCUCGACGGCGGUUUCGCUGGAAAUUAGGGUUUGUUCUUGA